AUGGAGGCUGGCUUUGAUAGCUUUGAUAGCUUCCAGCUCCGGGUCCUCAAUGGCGCGGUCCCCCGGGUCACCCUCGACCAGUCCCUGCUCCUCCUCCUCCUUAAGGAGGAAGAUCGGAAGCACACCUGGAUGGAGGAUGCUGACGGUUGUGUGGCCCACAAUGCCCUGGACUGUGCACGCGCCAUCUACGCCUACACCCUGCAAGUGUUCCCCAGCAAGAAGAGUGUGUGGCCGUGUGCUGCGUGCUUCGAGAAGAACCAUGGCACUCGGGAGUCCCUGGAAGCACUCCUGCAGAGGGCUGUGGCCCACUGCCCCAAAGCGGAGGUGUUGUGGCUCAUGGGUGCCAAGUCCAAGUGGCUGGCAGGGGAUGUGCCCGCAGCAAGGACCAUCCUGACUCUGGCCUUCCAGGCCAACCUCAACAGCGAGGAGAUCUGGCUGGCGGCUGUGAAGCUGGAGUCUGAGAAUGAUGAGUAUGAGCGGCGGAGGCUGCUGGCCAAAGCGCGGAGCAGCGCCCCCACCGCCCGGGUGUUCAUGAAGUCUGUGAAGCUGGAGUGGGUGCAGGACAACAUCAAGGCAGCGCAGGACCUGUGCGAGGAGGCCCUGCGGCACUGUCAGGACGUCCCCAAGAUGUGGAUGAUGAAGGGGCAGAUCGAGGAGCAGAAGGAGCUGAUGGAGAAGGCACGGGAAGCUUACAACCAGGGUUUGAAGAAGUGUCCCCACUCCACAGCCCUGUGGCUGCUGCUGUCUCGGCUGGAGAAGAUUGGGCAGCUUACUCGAGCACGGGCCAUUCUGGAAAAGUCUCGUCUGAAGAACCCAAAGAACCCUGGACUGUGGUUGGAGUCUGUGCGGCUGGAGAACCGUGCGGGGCUGAAGAACAUCGCAAACACGCUCAUGGCCAAGGCGCUGCAGGAGUGCCCUAACUCCGGUAUCCUGUGGUCUGAGGCCAUCUUCGUGGAGGCGAGGCCCCAGAGGAAAACCAAGAGCAUGGAUGCCCUGAAGAAGUGUGAGCAUGACCUUCACAUGCUCCUGGCCGUGGCCAAGCUGUUUUGGAGUGAGCGGAAGAUCACCAAGGCCAGGGAGUGGUUCCACCGUACUGUGAAGAUCUACUCGGACCUGGGGGAUGCCUGGGCCUUCUUCUACAAGUUUGAGCUGCAGCAUGGCACUGAGGAGCAGCAGGAGGAGGUGAGGAAGCGCUGUGAGAGCGCAGAGCCUCGGCAUGGGGAGCUAUGGUGCACCGUGUCCAAGGACAUCGCCAAUUGGCAGAAGAAGAUUGGGGAGGUCCUUAGGCUGGUGGCCGGCCGCAUCAAGAACACCUUCUGAUUGUCCGGCCUCCAUGGACAGAGCUUGGGCUGCACAGGGGAGGCGUGUGGAGGGCUCUGGGCUGUGUCCUCCUUCAUUAUCAUCCUCCAUUAAAAGUUUUUAUGUCUUGUGUCAAAA